ACCCCGCAGCGAUUGGCUGUUCCAUUGCCGUAAAGCACGUCGGCGGUCUGACUGCCGUAGAGCACGACAGCGACUAAAAAAGCAGGCUUCUAAACGGCGUGUUUUCUAUUUAUUCUGCAGUCAGUAAAGAUGGCGGAGAAGUUUGAUAAUCUGGAGGAGCAUCUGGAGAAGUUCAUCGAGAAUAUUCGACAGCUGGGGAUCAUCGUCAGCGACUUCCAGCCCAGCAGCCAGACGGGACUGAACCAGAAGCUGAACUUCAUGAUAUCCGGACUGCAGGACAUCGAGAAGUGUCGCCAGCAGCUCCACGAGAUCAACGUCCCUCUGGAGGUGUUUGAAUACAUUGACCAAGGUCGAAACCCUCAGCUGUACACCAAGGAAUGUCUGGAGAGGGCCUUGGCGAGGAACGAGCAGGUCAAAGGGAAGAUUGACACUAUGACGAAAUUCAAAAGCCUUCUAAUCUCCGAGCUCGGCAAAGUCUUUCCAGAGGAGAUGGUAAAGUACAAGGCUAUACACGGAGAAGAUGCCCCCUCCUAGUGACUGCUGCAACGUGACCCCUGACCUUCAGCCUGUGACCUUUCAUCUGAAAGCCUGAAUGGAGUUUGACCAAGCAGGUUCCACUGUGGUCGCCUGCAGAAUAUGAUAAAAAAAAAAAACACCCAUUAUUAUUUUUCGUAAAUAUUGUGAUGCUGUUGCUGACUAAGGACCCCGAGGAAGGAGGUUUUAAUUUCUGCUCAACAGCGUGACUCAGCCAAUCCUGACCCGUCUCUCCAUUUAAACUCAAUUUAAAGAAAAGUGGGAAUAGUAUAGAAGCGAAACCGAUCAUUUUCAGCCCUGGGUUGUUUUGUUGCCAGGAGACACAUUUGUUUUAAUGUCCUGUUGAUGCAUGGGCACUCAGUGGGCAGCAGAGGCAAUUUCCACAACUCCCAAAUGUACAGAAGAAAAUGUUCAGGAGCUGCGAGGCACUCAUCUGAUUCUGCAUUGAAGGAAGUUACUCCCAUCAGAUGUACAUACAGUAAAUUUAUACUCUUAGACUUUACCUUUUGUAAUGCUUCCUAAUCCUUGUGCAACAUGCAUUUGUACCACAACACAGUUCAUGACAUUUUGUAUCGAGCUCAGGUUUCUAAUGGCCACAAUUAUUGAAUGCAAAUGCUCUUCGAUGGUAAUUCUGUGCCUGAUCACUUGACGUGGUCAGAAAUGAGUCCACUCUUUAUUUGUUACUUGUUUGUAUUAUAAUAUUUUUUUUGUUAUUAAAUGAUCCUUGUUGGA